UACAAUCCCAUCAGAGGUGUGUUGUGAGCUGUCUUGUCCACUUCUAAGCACAUCAAACCCAAUAAGCCAACUACAAUUUGGGAGGAGUCUUGGAAAUUUCUAAGCACAAAACGUAGAGAAAAAUGUUGUUUACACUUAAACAAUUAUCAUCAAAAUGGUGGUGUAAGGUGGUGUGAUUUAGCCAAAGCUUUUUUCAAGCGCUCAAACCCACUAAAUACAUAACUUUUAGGUGAGACAGGGGCCCAACACUUGUAUUGAUUCAAACUUACCUGGCACAAAACUUUUUUGCCAAAACAAAAGCCAGAGAGAGAGAGAGAGCAGCAGAGAGGGAAGUGAGCUGAGAUACACCUUCAGCCUUGUCUCCAUAUAUACUCUCUUGUUCAAGAUCAGAACUUCAUUUUUCAGUCAUUUCAUUAAUGGGUUUGCAAUUUUUAUUUUGGAUUAAGGGGUUGGCGGGAUUGCAUUGAAGUGUACGAUUGAAGGGUUUGAUAGGUUCAGUAUUGGUGGGAUUGUGUAGAGGUGUAGAGGAUUGAGGAGUUUGGUGGGGUUGUGUUGAAGUUUGGGAUUGAAAGGUUAGGUAGGAUUGGAUAGCACUGAAAGUUGCUUGGGUUUUUGUGAGUUUCCUUUUCACUAUUUUAGGGGUAUUGUAUCGGAACUGGAGAGGGAAGGGAAGAACUUUUGUGUGGAUUUACAGGAGGGAGAUGAAUGCUGAGAAAUUGGAGGACUGGGAGUUGGAAAUGUGGGAUGAGGAAUUGUGUUGUGACCUUUCUCAGAGCAGCGGUGUCGGUGCAAAUGCCAAAAGGGCUUUGGUAGGAGCAGGAGCUCGCGCUCUUUUUUACCCAACAUUGCUGUAUAAUGUUGUUAGGAACAAGAUUCAGCCUGAGUUUCAUUGGUGGGAUAGGGUUGAUGAGGAAUCCAAUGUGAAAUUUAUAUUGUUAGGUGCCGUGCCUUUUGCUGCUGAUGUUCCUUGCCUAAAGAAACUUGGGGUUGGUGGAGUAGUAACUUUAAACGAGUCUUAUGAAACUUUGGUCCCGACAUUGCUCUAUCAUGCUCACAGCAUUGACCAUUUGGUGAUUCCCACAAGAGAUUAUCUCUUUGCUCCAUCACUCAAUGAUACUUGCCGAGCUGUAGACUUCAUCUAUAGUAAUGCAUCUCUUGGGAGAAUGACAUAUGUUCAUUGCAAGGCUGGUCGGGGCCGCAGCACAACCAUUGUUCUCUGUUACCUGGUGGAACACAAACAGAUGACACCUGAUGCUGCAUACAACUAUGUGAAAUCCAUCAGGCCAAGGGUGGUCCUAGCCUCGGCUCAGUGGAAGGCUGUUCAAGACUACUAUCUGCAGAAAGUGAAGAAAACUAAAAGUUCUGGCUGCAUUAACAACAGAGUCAGAAAGUCUCCAUUCUUCCCAUCAAAACAAUAUGGUGUAGCCUUUGAUGAUGACUCCAUUGACAUAGUAACAGAGUCAGAUCUUGAUGGAUAUGAGUCAUAUGGCACAAGCUGUGACUCUAUAAUCAUGGUAACACAAUCAGAGCUUGAUGGAUACGACUCAAGCUGUAACUCCAGGCAGGAGACGGCAAGGAAGAAGCUCGGAAGCUCAGUGGCUGAAAUCGAGGUUUUUUGAGAGGUGGAUGCCUAUUGAGAGUGUUCUCCAUUUGAAUUCACAUCAAUGGAUGUUGAAAGUGCUUUUAGAGCAAAUAAUGAUGUUUCAUGGGAAGAGUCUAAUAAGGAGUUAUGGCAUUUCAAGAGAAUGCUAGGCUUAUGCAUAUUGUAUUAUGAAUGAAAAUGUUAUUUUCAUGGAAGAGUUUCAAGAUCUCAA